CUCCGUGUCUCAAGCCCUAAUCGACAAUAUUUGCGAUGAGGACGAAGACGACGAGGAGGAGGAAGGGGAGGAUCGAUCCAGCGGCAUUUCGUGAACCCACUUCCCUCCACCAACACCGACUCUAUCGACAUCAGAAUUUGGGUCGCUCGCAGCUCAAAUCGCGAGCUUCUGCAAAAAAACUCGAGUUGGUCGUGGAAUUGAAGGAAUAGUGGAGUUGAAAAGCGAGAAGUCAUGGCGCUGCUUGAUAGCGAUGUGCUGCGCUGGCUGUGUCAAACUCCGAAGAAGAAUCUGGAUUCGUUAAUGAGGGUGUCGCAAAGGUUGCCCCGAGCAGGACCUGCGAGGGUGAGUAUGGGAAUGGGUUUGAAACACCCGCAUUCUCCGAACGAUCCUUUUCUGGCCAAGCUCGCUGCGGCUGCAUCCACUGAAAUGGGGAAAGCUCAAUUGGCUGGCGCGAGCGGUGUUUCUGAUGGCCCCCCGUUGUUGGAUAUUUUGUCGAACCCGGUGAUGAUGGCAGCUCCAGCUCAGGUGGAGAGGUCAUCUGGCUACAACGAGCACAGGCCCCGUCGGCCACCUCCUGACCUUCCUUCAUUGCUCUUGAAUAGCAGAAUUGUGUACAUUGGAAUGCCUCUUGUUCCCGCGGUUACCGAGCUAGUGAUUGCCGAGUUACUUUACUUGCAGUAUGCGGACCCUCGGCAGCCUAUCUAUGUGUAUAUUAAUUCUACUGGAACCGCUCGUGCCGACGGUGAAACGGUUGGCUUGGAGACAGAAGGAUUCGCAAUUUAUGACACUCUGAUGAAUGUUAGAAAUCAGAUUCAAACCGUAGCAGUAGGUGCCGCUAUUGGACAAGCUUGUUUGCUUUUAGCAUCAGGAGACAAGGGCAUGCGCUACAUGAUGCCUCACGCUACAGCCAUGAUUCAGCAACCUAGAUUACCGUCCACAGGCCAGAUGUCUGCGAUUGACGUUCAUAUUAGAGCGAAGGAGUUGAUCAAUAAUAGGGAUACACUUGUUGGGUUACUUGCAAAGCAUACUGGCAAUCCUGUUGAGAAGGUUGCCAAAGUGAUGGAAAGGCCUUUCUACAUGAAUCCUAAGAAAGCGGUGGACUUUGGUGUUGCUGAUAAGAUAUUGUGGCGAGGUCAAGAAGCUAUGGCCGAGACGAUGAAGGCAGAGGAUUGGGACAAGGGUGCAGGUAUUCGAGUGGUGGAGCGUCCCGCAUCGUAUGGAGCUGGAGACACUGGCCUUGGCUAAUCCUUCAACAUUUCUGCUCGGACAAUCAGAAGCUUGUAGAUUUUUUUAUUAUAUUAUAUUUUAUUUAUUUAUUUUUCCCCCUUCCCCUGGGUGCAGAAUCAAGCAAGAAGUGUUAUUUUUUUGCACACUGUGCAAACCAUGCCAUGAAUUGGCCUUUGCUGAGCCUUUUACAGGUCAUCCACCAGAUUGGAAGAUUUUGUCCACUUGGUAUUGCUGUUCCAUAUCUGUAGCAUUUGUUUCGUAAUAUAGCAUUGUUAUGCAACUCAAUUCUUAUUCAUUUAUUGAUUUUUUGAUCAUAGUA